AUGUCGAACAAGCCAGCCGUUCACCGUCAGCUGAACAUCAAGUCGGGCGUGGCGAAAAGGCUGCUGAAGGAACAUAUCCUGUAUGCAAAAGAAGCAGAAGAGCAACAGCGGAAACUCGAUAAGCUUAUCGCAAAAAAUGCUGAAGAGUGGGACGUGAAAAGUGCCAGAAGGAUCCUGGAAGAGUCACACAGAAUGAUCAAAGAUUCUGAUAACCGUCUAGGCAAGGCGGUACAAGAUCUACGAGAACUCGUCCUGCGAGUCAAGUCUCAACUUGAGUUUGCGGAGGAUGUUGAGCUGUUGCAUGCGGAGGAAGCACUGGAGGAGGCGAGCGUGUAA